ACAUUCCAACCGAAGACCUCUCUCCCUUUCUCUCGUUCUCGUUGUUUUCCUGUGUUCGCUUUGUACUCUUAAAGUCUAAACCCUCCUCUCCAUGGGAGAGUUAUUUCAAUUAUAUAAAUGGAGACUCAGCCUCUGUUGUUUCCCUAAUUUGAGACAGAGAAAGAGACUAAUAUGGUGGUUUUGGCUCUGGUUCUGGUUUUGUCUUAAUUCUAGGGCAAGCUAAGCUGUAUGGAUUCUUCUUCUCGUUCGCUCCCGUUCUAUGAUUUCCUCGAUCGAAUGCGCCAUCCUGCUUCGGUCGAUCUCGUUCGCUCUAUCAAAAGCUUUAUUGUAUCCUUUUCAUUUCAUGCUGUCAACUCUGAAAAUGAUGGCAAAAGGCUACAAGACUUCCUUUCAACAAUGGAGACUUCUAUUAGGGAUCAUCCAUUAUGGUCUGGUGCCUCUGAAGAAGAAAUUGACUGUGCCAUUGAGGGGUUGGAGAAGUAUGUCAUGACAAAAUUGUACGCCCGUACAUUUGCUUCAUCUCAAGAGGAUGCUAAGGUUGAUCAAGAGAUAUCGGAGAAAAUACAUUUGUUGCAAAAGUUUGUUAGACCUAAACAUUUGGAUAUACCUGAAGCUCUUCAUAAUGAAGCUUCAUGGCUGCUUGCAGAGAAAGAACUGCAGAAAAUGAAUGCCUUCAAAGUUCCUCGUGAGAAGCUUCUCUGCAUUUUGAGUUGUUGCAGGGUCAUCAGCAAUUUGCUUCUCAAUGUCUCUAUGUCAGAAAAUCAUGUACUAGCAGGGGCUGACGACUUCCUUCCAGUUCUUAUUUAUGUUACCAUCAAGGCCAAUCCCCCGCAGUUGCAUUCCAACCUCAAAUUCAUCCAACUGUUCAGGCGGCAAUCAAAACUGAUCUCAGAAGUUGCUUAUUACUUUACAAAUCUUAUGUCUGUCAAAUCGUUUAUCAUUGAUUUGGAUGGCAAGUCUCUUUCCAUAGAUGAAUCAGAAUUUCAAGAGAAAAUGCUCGCAGCAAGGUUGGAAUUCCAGAUGAACAUGCUUCCAGAAAGGUUGGCUAAAGGUCGGACACAAAUAGAUCUGUGCCCCAGACAGGUGACGGCUAAGCCCACUGAUCAUGGUUUUUUCUCAAGAAAGCUUUGUCAGGAGAUCAGCACUCUAGAUGGAGGAGAUUAUCCUUUCAUGGAAACAGUUCCUGAAGAUUUAACUGUUGGGGAUGUUGAGAGAUUGCAUAGCUUGUACAAGGAUGUUGUCAAAAAGUAUUCAAGUCUAUGCAGGUCCGUGAGAAGCCUCACCCUCUCGAAGGAACCAUCUGUGUUGCCACAUCUGGGAGAUGUCAAGCAUCAUCAGCCUGAUCAACCUGAACAUCAACAUCCUGAGGGACAACAGGAACAUCAACAUCAUCAACCUGAGCACCAGCAGCAACAGACACCGGAUGCCUGA